AUGGCGAGCCACUCCAAGUCGCGAUGGGCCGAUGAUGAGGAAGAUGCAGCAUUGGAAGCUCAGCGGAAGCGUGAGAAAGAAUUGAAGAGAAAGGUGAAAGCAGAGAAACAGCGGAAGCUUGAGGAGCAAGAGAGUCUAUGGAGACAAAAAUCAGUGGACGCCACUGAGGAUGCUACGCACGACCAUGAAGCUAUCAAUGGAGCCGCUGAACGGCCGUUCAAGAGAAGAAAACUUUCCCCAGAGCCUGAUACGCCUCUAAAAGAGCUACCACCAGCAAAGCUCUUGCGCUUCCCUGCGCCAGAAUGGGGCCCCUGCAGGCAUGUCGACAAUUUCGAGAAGCUAAAUCAUAUCGAAGAAGGCUCCUAUGGUUGGGUAUCGCGGGCCAAAGAGACAGCUACUGGGGAGAUUGUUGCUUUGAAAAAGCUCAAGAUGGACAAUUCCAAUGACGGCUUUCCGGUCACCGGCCUACGAGAGAUACAGACACUGAUGGCAUCACGGCAUACGAACAUCGUUGCUUUACGGGAGGUCGUUAUGGGCGACAAAUUGGACGAGUAA